GCGACACGGAGUGGAAGGCAAAAUGGCGGCGGCGGCGGUGGCCUGGUGCUGAGGGGAGAGCCAGGUCCUCGCGACCCCCGCGACGGGCGGCGCUGGCCCGCGGCGUCCCCGACGUCUCUCCUCGUCCUGUCCCACCAGCGAUACCUGGGGUCCCUGGGACGAGCUCCGGCCGCCUCGGCGCCCGCCCUCAAGCCCGUGGCUGCUGUCCAGGAGCCCCGCUCUCCCCUGCAGGGUUAAUUAUUUAGAUUUAAAAAGAAUUGUAACAUUCCUGGGGACUUGCUCAAAGGAUCAUUUUUACUUUUGCUCAAGAGGAAAGUUCUGAAUCUAUCAAGUAGCUUUUAAAGAAGUGCUUCGUGUGGGUUACAUAUAUAGAUGUUUUCAUGAAGAGGAGUGAAAAGCCAGAAGGAUAUAGACAAAUGAGGCCUAAGACCUUUCCUGCCAGUAACUACACUGGCAGCAGCCGGCAAAUGUUGCAAGAAAUUCGGGAAUCCCUUAGGAAUUUAUCCAAACCAUCUGAUGCUGCUAAGCCUGAGCAUAACAUGAACAAAAUGUCGGCUGAAGAUCCUCGACAAGUCAGAAAUCCACCCAAAUUUGGGACACAUCAUAAAGCCUUGCAGGAAAUCCGGAACUCUCUACUACCAUUUGCAAAUGAAACCAGUACUUCCUCUCGAAGUACUUCAGAAGUUAAUCCACAGAUGCUUCAAGAAUUGCAGGCUGCUGGAUUUGAUGAGGAUAUGGUUAUACAAGCUCUUCAGAAAACUAAUAAUAGAAGUAUAGAAGCAGCAAUUGAAUUCAUUAGUAAAAUGAGUUACCAGGAUCCUCGACGGGAGCAGAUGGCCGCAGCAGCUGCCAGACCUAUUAAUGCCAGCAUGAAACCAGGGAGUGUGCAACAACCAAUUAACCGCAAACAGAGCUGGAAAGGUUCUAAAGAAUCCUUAGUUCCUCAGAGACAUGGUCCACCACUAGGAGAAAGUGUGGCCUAUCGUUCUGAAAGUCCCAACUCACAGACAGAUGUAGGAAGACCUUUGUCUGGAUCUGGUAUAACAGCAUUUGCUCAAGCUCACCCUAGCAAUGGACAGAGAGUGAACCCACUACCACCACCUCAAGUAAGGAGUGUCACUCCUCCACCACCUCCAAGAGGCCAGACUCCCCCUCCAAGAGGUACAACUCCACCUCCCCCUUCAUGGGAGCCAAACUCUCAAACAAAGCGCUAUUCUGGGAACAUGGAAUAUGUAAUCUCCCGAAUUUCUCCUGUUCCACCUGGGGCAUGGCAGGAGGGCUAUCCUCCACCACCUCUUAACACUUCUUCCAUGAAUCCUGCUAAUCAGGGACAGAGAGGCAUUAGUUCUGUUCCUGUUGGCAGACAACCAAUCAUCAUGCAGAGUUCUAGCAAAUUUAACUUUCCACCAGGGAGACCUGGAAUUCAGAAUGGUAGUGGUCAAACUGAUUUCAUGAUACACCAAAAUGUCCCUGCUGGUGCUACGAAUCGGCAGCCACCCCCUCCAUAUCCUCUGACCCCAACUAAUGGACAAAGCCCUUCUGCUUUACAAACAGGAGGAUCUGCUUCUCCUUCAUCAUAUACAAAUGGAAGUAUUCCUCAGUCUAUGAUGGUGCCAAAUAGAAACAGUCACAACAUGGAACUUUAUAAUGUUAGUAUACCUGGACUACAAACAACUUGGCCUCAGUCAUCUUCUGCUCCAGCCCAGUCAUCCCUGAGCAGUGGGCAUGAAAUCCCUACAUGGCAAUCUAACAUACCAGUGAGGUCAAAUUCUUUUAAUAACCCAUUAGGAAAUAGAGCAAGUCAUUCUGCUAAUUCUCAGCCCUCAGCUACAACAGUCACUGCGAUUACACCAGCUCCUAUUCAACAGCCUGUGAAAAGCAUGCGUGUAUUAAAACCAGAGCUACAGACUGCUUUAGCACCUACACACCCUUCUUGGAUACCACCACCAAUUCAAACUGUUCAAUCCAGUCCUUUUUCUGAGGGUACCACUUCAAAUAUGACUGUGAUGCCACCUGUUGCUGAAUCUCCAAACUAUCAAGGUCCACCACCACCUUAUCCAAAACAUCUGCUACACCAAAACCCAUCUGUUCUUUCAUAUGAAUCAAUAAAUAAAUCUGGCAGAGAAGAUCAGCCUAGCUUGCCCAAGGAAGAUGAGGGUGAAAGAAGUUGUGAAAAUGUUGAUAGUGGGGAUAAAGAAAAGAAACAGAUUACAACUUCACCCAUCACUGUUAGGAAAAAUAAGAAAGAUGAAGAGCGAAGGGAAUCUCGUAUUCAAAGUUAUUCUCCUCAGGCGUUUAAAUUCUUUAUGGAGCAACACGUAGAAAAUGUACUGAAAUCUCAUCAGCAACGUCUACAUCGUAAAAAACAAUUAGAGAAUGAAAUGAUGCGGGUUGGAUUAUCUCAAGAUGCCCAGGAUCAAAUGAGAAAGAUGCUUUGCCAAAAAGAGUCUAAUUACAUCCGUCUUAAAAGGGCUAAAAUGGACAAGUCUAUGUUUGUGAAGAUAAAAACACUAGGAAUAGGAGCAUUUGGUGAAGUCUGUCUAGCAAGAAAAGUUGAUACUAAGGCUUUGUAUGCAACAAAAACUCUUCGAAAGAAAGAUGUUCUGCUUCGAAAUCAAGUUGCUCAUGUUAAAGCUGAGAGAGAUAUCCUGGCUGAAGCUGACAAUGAAUGGGUAGUUCGUCUAUAUUAUUCCUUCCAAGACAAAGACAAUCUAUACUUUGUAAUGGAUUACAUUCCUGGGGGUGAUAUGAUGAGCCUGUUAAUUAGAAUGGGCAUCUUUCCAGAAAAUCUGGCACGAUUCUACAUAGCAGAACUUACCUGUGCUGUCGAAAGUGUUCAUAAAAUGGGUUUUAUUCAUAGAGAUAUUAAACCUGAUAACAUUUUGAUUGAUCGAGAUGGACAUAUUAAAUUGACUGACUUCGGCCUCUGCACUGGGUUCAGGUGGACACAUGAUUCUAAGUAUUAUCAGAGUGGUGACCAUCCACGGCAAGAUAGCAUGGAUUUCAGUAAUGAAUGGGGUGAUCCUUCAAACUGUCGAUGUGGAGAUAGACUGAAGCCUCUGGAACGGAGAGCUGCACGCCAGCAUCAGCGAUGUCUAGCACAUUCUUUGGUUGGGACUCCCAAUUACAUUGCACCUGAAGUGUUGCUACGAACAGGAUACACACAGUUAUGUGAUUGGUGGAGUGUUGGUGUUAUUCUUUUUGAAAUGUUGGUAGGACAGCCUCCUUUCUUGGCACAAACACCAUUAGAAACACAAAUGAAGGUUAUCAACUGGCAAACAUCUCUUCACAUUCCACCACAAGCUAAACUGAGCCCUGAAGCCUCUGAUCUUAUUAUUAAACUUUGCCGAGGACCAGAAGAUCGCCUAGGCAAGAAUGGUGCUGAUGAAAUAAAAGCUCAUCCAUUUUUUAAAACAAUUGAUUUCUCCAGUGACCUGAGACAGCAGUCCGCUUCAUAUAUUCCUAAAAUCACACACCCAACAGAUACAUCAAAUUUCGAUCCUGUUGAUCCUGAUAAGUUAUGGAGUGAUGAUAAUGAGGAAGAAAAUGUAAAUGACACUCUCAAUGGAUGGUAUAAAAAUGGAAAGCACCCUGAACAUGCUUUCUAUGAAUUUACCUUUCGAAGAUUUUUUGAUGACAAUGGCUACCCAUAUAAUUAUCCAAAGCCUAUUGAAUAUGAAUACAUUAAUUCACAAGGGUCAGAGCAAAAGUUGGAUGAAGAUGAUCAACACACAGGCUCAGAGGUCAAAAAUCGUGACCUAGUAUAUGUUUAAAACACUAGGAAAUAAUUGUAAUGAGGAUUUGCGAAAAGGCCUGAAUGCAGGAUUUUUUGAGGUUCUAAGAGUAAAAUUAUGCAAAUGUGGCAGAGCUAUGUAUGUGUGCUCUGUGUACAAUAUUUAAUUUUCCUAAAUUAUGGGAAAUCCUUUUGAAAUGUUAAUUUAUUCCAGCCUUUUUAAUCAGUAAUUUAGAAAAAAAAAUUGU